UUUGAUUGAUAAAGUGCAAUUGAAUCAAAUUGAAUGGAAAAAUUGAUUGCAAAUUAAAAUCUGUCGAAUCGGUUUGAUUUCGCCGGUAUUGGAUUCUUUUCAUUUAUUGGGGCAUUACGUAGUCGAAUACGGAGUUGGACGGUGCAACGGUGCUCUUAACAUUUUUAAUUUACAAGUUAUAUUUUAUUUGUGUUUUAUAAAUAAAAAAAAAACAUCGAUAAGAAAUGGAUUGGAAGAGUGUAGUAGCUCAGUUCAAAAAAACUUGGCUAACUACAUUUUUAAGCAUUGUACUCUUUAUUGGUGUUACUUAUUUUUUAAUUUGGGCUGAGAGCCAAACAAUCCGAAGUAAUCUAAUGUUGGAUGAAUUGAUGUCCCAUGCUGAGAGUAUUGAUGUACACACUAUUGAUGAUGCUCAACGUUACGAAGGCCGAGUUGUGCAUGUUAUUGGUCCUCUCCGUAUAUUAGAACCUAUCUCGGAGCCCGACUACAAUAUUCAAGUACAAGCUGUUAAGUUACGGAAGAGAGUGCAAAUGUACCAGUGGAUAGAAGAGUCAACAGACCAACAAAACUUUUUAAGUGAACCAGGAGAUGAAAAUCAAAAGACAUAUUGGUAUCAUAAAGAAUGGAAAGAUUAUGUUGUAGACUCUGCAUUAUUUUACAUAAGAUCUGGUCACCAAAAUCCUAAUUCAAUGCCAAUCUUCAGCGAAACACAUAUUGCAGAGAGUGUUAAAAUUGGGUGGCUGUACUUAAGUUUAGAUGUAAAACGUAAAGUAAAUGACUAUUACGAGAUAUGGUCUGACUCUAGACCGGAACGCAGUGAUAUCAAGUUGCAUUCUGGUUUUUAUUACCAUGGUGCGAGUGCCUUGGAACACGAGGUUGGAGAUCUACGGAUACAUUUUUCUUAUGCAGGACGUGAGGAUGAUAUUUAUACAGCAGUAGGUGUGGUAGAGUCUGGUUCUCUACAACCUUAUAGUCCUGUCAACUUCCCAUCAGCAGACCCUAUAUCGCUGCUCCGCAAAGGAUCUUACACUCAGAAGUUUCUACAUGAUUUGGAGAAACAAGAUGCUAAUAUACAUACAUGGAAGUACCGUAUGGUUGGCUUCAUACAAGUAUUUGCAUCAACUAUGACUUUACAUCCAAACUGGAUCACUCUGUUUUUGCAAAGCAAGUGGUUAUCUAACGCUCUGAGACGCUGUUCCCGGCUGUGGGUUAACCUUGUGCUGUCUUUCUCCUAUACUUUAUUUGUUAUGUCAAUACCUUGGUUGAUCCACCGUCCGGUGUUCGGUGCGAUGGUGUUGGUGGGCGCGGCGCUGCCCCUGCUGCACUACUCCACUCUACUGAGCCGGCAGUCGGGGGUAGCGGGCUGACACUCGCCCCCCCUGCCCUCCGCACUGCCGGCGUACGCCCUCACCCUCGGGGAGUUGUUAAGCCUCUCCUUCAUGGCGCUCUUGUAUUGUGUCAUUAUAAUUGAGGAUGUUGCAAUGGAGCUGUAGAAACCAGUGUUUAGUGUUGAUUACAGUGCCCAGUGAUUAAAAUACUUCAUUUUAGUGUUAUCUAAGCUAUUAUAGUUGACACAAAUUAUCCUUGUUUAUAAAAAUUGGAUGGAAUGUGAAAUUAUUAGAUAUGACAGAUUGACGGCUGAACCCAAUAAUUUGAUAAAAUAUCUGUAUGGGAUUUAAGCAUGACAUUACCAAAAUUAUUUGUAAUCGCUUUAUUAUUAUCUAUAUAUUUACAGUAAAUAAAUGUGAUGUAAUACAGAUCAACAUAUUGCCAAGUAAUAAGCCAUGUUGUCAGAUACAUAUUUUUUGCUUGUAUCUUUUAGUAAAUAACUAAAUAGAUCUCAUUUAAACAAAUAAGUAGCUGAUAGGAUUUAUUUUUAGACACUCGCAUACCUAUUUGCUUCUAGAUAUACUUGUUAUCCAUAUAUGUUAAGGUAAAUUGUUCCCCCUAAUGUGAUCUUAUUGCUUUUUAUUGUCAAAAUAAAGCAGUCACUGGAUUUUUGACAAAAUUUUCUAUAAAUAUUUUACCGUACGCAUUAUAAACAAAAAAAAUGAAGAAAAACAGCAAAAAUCUAAUCUAGAA